AUGACGAGUCUUGCAAAGACCAUCGUCGCUACAGGCCUCUCCUCGGGCAUCGGCCUGGAAGUGCUCAAGCAACUCCUGGAGCAAGCUGUGCCGUACAGCGUCAUCCUCGGGGCGCGAGACGUCGAGGCCGCCCGCGAUGCCGUCUCACGCCUGCAGUACGACAGGGCGGCGAACGCAGUGACGGCCCUGCCCGUUGAACUGGCCGACUUGAGGACGGUCAAAACGUUUGCCCAGCAAGCCCUGGACAGGGUCGGAAGCGGCAAGAUUGACUACUUGCUCCUGAACGCCGGCAUGCUGAAGCCCGCCGAGAAGGGCUCCCACGGGAAGUGGUGCGAGGCUGCUGUCGUCAAUCAUUUUUGUGAGUCCGUCUCCUUCGUCUCCACGUGGUCCGUCGAGUCGGGCUACGUCUGGCCGGUGACGUGGCUGAGUGUCUGCAUCUUCAUCAGCUCAGCAUUAUUUGAUACACCUGCUGCGGGACAAGUUGGUUGCGUCCAGGUCGCGAAUCGUGGUAGUUUCCUCGGGUGCUAUUCGCAACGUGCAAGAUGCUGGUACGUACGGUUUGCCCUGCCCGUGGGGACGGACCCCGGGGCGCAGCGCUCGGGAAGAGCUGGCUGGCUGACGGACGGGAUAGCUGCCCUCGAGGCGAGGCUCGCCAACGGCUCCGGAGCCGACGGCUACUCCGUCUACGCGGGCAGCAAGUUCGCGCAGCUGCUCGCGGCGCACUGGUGGCGGCGCCAGCUCAAGGGCCAGUGUGACGUCGUGGCCGUUUCGCCGGGCCUGGUUCCCGCCACUGGUCUUGGGCGCGGCCAGGGAUUCGCGAUUUCUCCAGAUUUGCCCGACGCCAAGUCCGUGCCCGAGGGCGCGCAGAGCGUCAUUGCCGCCUUGUCUCGUGGUGACUUUCCCGAGGACCCGGACCGCAUCUUCUUGACGAGCUGGGGCGAGUGGUGGGACCGAGACGUCAUCGGCAAGACGUUGGACAAGGAGCUGCAGGACAGUUGGUGUCCUGGCAGGGAAGAACUGGAGAGGGAUGCCGGCGUUGUGUCAUGA